UCUCCUCCUCUCUCCAGGGCAGAGACGCCGUUGAGAGAGAGAACGAAGGAGUGAAGCACUCCGAGAGGCAGCAGCGGGUGACUGAAUGCGGCUGUUCUCUAUCCCAGCCUGAGCAUCCAACUUCUGCAAAUCUUGAAUGAUCAUGGAGAGGCCCUCAAAGGGAGCGUCUUUCCUUCUGCUCCUCUGCUGGCUGGGGGUUUCCUGGGGGGCACGUCUUCCCCGCCCCCUCAUCUCUUCCAAUGCGACCAUCUUCUCCCAUGUCUACACAAUUAAGGUGGCAGGAGAAGACACGCCGAACGAGGGUGCCUCCCCACCUCCCCAAGAGGCCUUAGGUCCUCCUGGAUCUUCUCGGGGAGGGGGCCAGUAUGAACACACCCUGGAAGGAUCAGAUCAAGAGCAUGUGGUUUUCACCCAUCGCAUCAACCUCCCACAGCAAUCCUGUGGGUGUCUCCCUGGCACCGAAGAUACCCAGGAGCUUUGGAGAAGGCUGCAGGCCCUUGAGAAUGAAGUGCGGGUCCUACAGGAAACGUGUCAAGCUGGGGGAGGCUGUUGCCCUGCUGCAUCCACCAGAAGUCAAGCCAGCGAAGGCCAAACAGACAUUCGUACGUUAUGUUCGCAUCACGGAUCCUUCGACCUCUCUCGUUGCCUGUGCGAAUGUGAGUCGGGUUGGGGCGGUCCCACCUGUGCUGAGCCGGUCUGCUCAGGAGGCUGCGGUGGCCCAGAGCGUGGCAGAUGCCUCAACGGGCACUGCCAAUGCCAGCCUGGCUACUCGGGGGUCAGCUGCGAAGAGCCACCCUCUUGCCCCGACGACUGCAAUGACCAAGGGCGCUGUGUGGAUGGCCGCUGCACCUGUUUCCCAGGAUAUAUGGGCCCCUCCUGCUCCGACCCAGUUUGUCCCCAGAACUGCCACGGACACGGCCAAUGCAUCUCAGGACGGUGCGUGUGCAACCCAGGUUACAGCGGUGCAGAUUGUGCAAGCCGAGCUUGCCCUAGCAACUGCAACAGGCGUGGAGAAUGUCGUAAUGGACGCUGCGUGUGCGAGCCAGGCUUCAUCGGGCCAGCCUGCGGCACUAAGACUUGCCCCAAUGAUUGUAACCAGAGAGGCCACUGUCUUCAGGGAGGGGUGUGUUCCUGCCAUCCAGACUACACCGGCCCCGACUGCGGUCAGCUGGCAUGUCCAGAGCACUGCAGUGGCCACGGAGAAUGUCAGAAUGGAACAUGCGUGUGCAACAGUGGCUAUUCGGGCGAUGACUGUUCAAUAGAGAUUCCAUCCAUUGGCGUCCGUGUUUCAAAUCGAGAUGAAACUUCUUUCCGCCUGGAGUGGAACUACCCUGAAAUUUCUGUGGACGGAUAUGAGAUCCAUGUGGCACCCAAGAAGGAUCCUCGAGCGGGCGAAUCCAUUCACCUGUCUGGCACCGAAAGGCUCUUUGAAUACAAAGGAUUAAAGCCGGGGGAGGAAUACACAGUCACCGUUCGGGUAGAAAAAGGGCAACACUACGGACCCCCUGUCACCCAGACCGUGCGUACGCGAGUGGCUCCUCCCACUGGUCUGCAGUCACCACAAGUGUCAGGAAACUCCUUGACCUUGCAAUGGGAACCACCUACCUCCCGCCCUGAUGGCUACAUCCUCAGCUACAUCCCUCUGGUUUCCACUCGACCUGUUCAAGCCAUGAAACGUAUAGAGCUGCCCGCAGCCCCUGAGCGGGUCACCCUGGAAGACCUGGAGAGCAGAACGCGAUACCGCAUCACCUUGGUUGCCCGUCAGAGUGGUGAGAACAGCCGAGCCACCAGCAUUGUGGUCAGCACCACAGCACCAGCUCCAAUUCAACCAAGUCGCAACUACUUGACACCACCCCCCUCUUCCCAUAAAAAGCCAGACACUCCCUCUUCUGAGCCUGAAGAGAAGAAACCAGGCACUAAACCACAUCCGCGUCGCCGCCCCACCAACACCACCUUAUUGACUAAGGAGCACUUCCUGAAGAGAAUGACCCAGAAUAUCUCAUCCAAACUGUCCCCAUACAACGGGACCCUCCUAGAGCGGCUUGAGAGCUACCUCCGAGCCAUCAAUUUCCCUCUCCGAGGCAACCAGACAAUCCAGAGCGUGGCCAGGGACAUCUACCUCUACCUCAAACGGAUGAAGCCCAUCGAAUUUCAAGAGAGGGUUGAAGAACGUCUCGUCCAAGAAACCAGCAACUUGCCUCUGAAAAGGGAAUUCCCAAUAACCGAAGCAGAGAGUGUCUAUUCAGAUGGAUACCUCCGUCCGGACCAUGCCAAGCCAACGGUGGUGACCAGCUCCCCAGACCACAUUGAGGUGUCUUUGGACAGCGUGAGGGGGAUCUCUGACCAUGUGGUCAUCCGCUACCGAAACAUGGUGACUGGAGAAAGAAAGGAGUUGGUGGUCCCUGGGGAUGCUUCCACGGCGACCAUCACCGGAUUGUCACCUGGGACAACCUACUUGAUGGAAAUUCAUGGUGUCAUGAAAGGACAUUCCUCUAAGUCAUACUCCUUUAUAACUGCCACAGCUCCAAGUUCACCAACAAAUGACAAGAUCCAAACCAUCUUCCCAUCCACCUCAACUCCCGAAGAUCCACUGAAGAACCUACAAGUGACCGAAGUUUCUCCAAACCAGCUCCGUGUGACAUGGUCAGCCCCACCCGAUUUCUUCCACAAGUUUUCCCUCUACUAUAGGGACCCCAAAUCUGGGGCACCUCCCCAAAAAAUCAGCAUUCCAGGGACAGAGAGAAGUGUCGACUUAAUGGAUUUGCACCCUGGUACGGAUUAUGAAAUAGAGUUGCACGGAGAGAGACCUGGUGGAAGCUAUAACGCCCCCUUCUCAACAAAAAUAAUUACAGCUCCAAGUUCACCAACAAAUGACAAGAUCCAAACCAUCUCCCCAUCCACCUCAACUCCCGAAGAUCCACUGAAGAACCUACAAGUGACCAAAGUUUCUCCAAACCAGCUCCGUGUGACAUGGUCAGCCCCGCCCGAUUUCUUCCACAAGUUUUUCCUCUACUAUAGGGACCCCAAAUCUGGGGCACCUCCCAAAAAAAUCAGCAUUCCAGGGACAGAGAGAAGUGUCGACUUAAUGGAUUUGCACCCUGGUACGGAUUAUGAAAUAGAGUUGCACGGAGAGAGACCUGGUGGAAGCUAUAACGCCCCCUUCUCAACAAAAAUAAUUACAGCUCCAAGUUCACCAACAAAUGACAAGAUCCAAACCAUCUCCCCACCUGCCUCAACUCCCGAAGAUCCACUGAAGAACCUACAAGUGACUGAAGUUUCUCCAAACCAGCUCCGUGUGACAUGGUCAGCCCCGCCCAAUUUCUUCCACAAGUUUUCCCUCUACUAUAGGGAUCCCAAAUCUGGGGCACCUCCCAAAAAAAUCAGCAUUCCAGGGACAGAGAGAAGUGUCGACUUAAUGGAUUUGCACCCUGGUACGGAUUAUGAAAUAGAGUUGCACGGAGAGAGACCUGGUGGAAGCUACAGCGCCCCCUUCUCAACAAAAAUAAUUACAGCUCCAAGUUCACCAACAAAUGACAAGAUCCAAACCAUCUCCCCAUCCACCUCAACUCCCGAAGAUCCACUGAAGAACCUACAAGUAACCAAAGUUUCUCCAAACCAGCUCCGUGUGACAUGGUCAGCCCCGCCCGAUUUCUUCCACAAGUUUUCCCUCUACUAUAGGGACCCCAAAUCUGGGGCACCUCCCAAAAAAAUCAGCAUUCCAGGGACAGAGAGAAGUGUCGACUUAAUGGAUUUGCACCCUGGUACGGAUUAUGAAAUAGAGUUGCACGGAGAAAGACCUGGUGGAAGCUACAGCGCCCCCUUCUCAACAAAAAUAAUUACAGUUCCAAGUUCACCAACAAAUGACAAAAUCCAAACCAUCUCCCCAUCCACCUCAACUCCUGAAGAUCCACUGAAGAACCUACAAGUGACUGAAGUUUCUCCAAACCAGCUCCGUGUGACAUGGUCAGCCCCGCCCAAUUUCUUCCACAAGUUUUCCCUCUACUAUAGGGAUCCCAAAUCUGGGGCACCUCCCAAAAAAAUCAGCAUUCCAGGGACAGAGAGAAGUGUCGACUUAAUGGAUUUGCACCCUGGUACGGAUUAUGAAAUAGAGUUGCACGGAGAGAGACCUGGUGGAAGCUACAGCGCCCCCUUCUCAACAAAAAUAAUUACAGAGGCAGAACCCAAAGAGCCCAGGCCGGGAGAUUUCUCUCUUCUAGACGUCACAGACACUUCAGUUCACCUUUCUUGGGAUGCCCCCACUGGGCCUUUUGACUCCUUUGUCAUCCAAUAUAAAGAUGCCGAGGGGAAGCCCAAGCUGCUUAAAAUGGACAAGAACUCUCGAGAAGCCACGAUUUCCAAUUUGGUGCUUUCCCGAAAAUACAAAUUCAACCUUUAUGUUCUCCUAGGCCGUAAGCCCUUCGGCCCCGUGUCUUUGGAAGUCAUCCCAGGUUCCACAGGAAAAGCUCCUGCCAUUUUUAAAGACAUUUCUGCCACUGUCACCAGCAAUUCUGCCCACUUGUCCUGGACAGUUUCCUCUGGGAACUUUGAUUCCUUUUUAAUCCAAUAUAAGGAUGCUGAGGGCAGACUCCAAGAGCUGUUCACUGAGGGAGAUUCCCAUGAAAUCACUAUCCCCAACCUGACUCCUUCCCACAGAUACACAAUAGAUCUCUAUGGCAUCUCCAACCAGGGACGUCUGGGUCCUGCCUCUAUAACUUUCAUCACAGGAUCACAGGAGGAUGUAUCCAUCCACAAAACUGUCUUCAGGGAUCUGGCUGUAUCAGAGGUGACCAGCAACUCUGCCCAUCUUACAUGGAGAGUCCCUUCAGGCAGAUUUGAUUCCUUUUUGGUCCAGUAUCAAGACUUAGAAGGCAACGAUCAAACCUUGAAUAUUGACGGAGAUUCCCACGAAGUCAUUAUUCCCAAUUUGGUUCCCUCCCAAAGAUACAGAUUCAACCUCUAUGGCAUUUUGGGGACACAGCUUCUUGGACCUCUCUUUGUCGAUGCUGUGACAGCUGCAGUUCAGGAACCAAAAAAGGAGAAACCAGAUGAGACCGUAGUGAGUAAGCCCAGCCUGGGGGAGUUCUCAGUCCUGGAUGUCACAAGUGAUACUGUCCGUCUUUACUGGACCGUCCCCACUGGACGCUUUGACUCAUUCCUGAUCCAGUACAAGGAUGUAGAUGGUCAACCCCAAGCGUUGCCUGUGGAGGGAGAUUCCCAUGAAGUCACUGUGACCAACCUGGCUCCUUCUCACAGAUACAAGUUCAACCUCUAUGGAGUCUUUGGGCGCAAGCGAUCCAGGCCACUCUCCACCGAUGCCACCACAGCCCACAUUAGAGACUCAGAGAAGCCAAUUCCUGUCCAACCCAGCCUAGGAGAGUUCUCAGUCCUUGAUGUCAUGAGUGAUUCUGUCCGACUCCAUUGGACUGUCCCCACUGGGAGCUUUGAGUCAUUCCUAAUCCAGUACAAGGAUGCAGAUGGUCAACCCCAAGCGUUGCCUGUGGAGGGAGACUCCCGUGAAAUCACGGUGACCAACCUGGCUCCUUCUCGUAGAUACAAGUUCAACCUCUAUGGAGUCUCGGGACGCAAACGUUCCACCCCCCUCUCCACUGAUGCCACCACAGCUCAAACCACAGAGCCCGAGAAGCCAGCUUCUUUCCAAUCCAGCCUGGGAGAACUGUCUGUGCUUGAUGUCACAAGCGAUUCUGUCCGACUCCAUUGGACUGUUUCUACAGGGAGCUUUGACUCCUUUCUGAUCCAGUACAAGGAUGCAGAUGGCCAGCCCCAAGCUUUGCCCGUGGAGGGAGACUCCCAUGAAGUCACUCUGACCAACCUGGUUCCUUCGCGCAGAUAUAAAUUCAAUCUCUAUGGAGUCUCAGGGCGCAAACGCUCCAACCCUAUUUCUACUUUUGCCACGACAGCUCGCCUUACAAAUUCAGAAGAACAAUUUCCUGUCCAAUCCAGCCUGGGGGAGUUCUCUGUCCUGGACGUCACAAGCGAUUCUGUCCGUCUCCACUGGACCAUUCCCACUGGGAGCUUUGAGUCCUUCCUCAUCCAAUACAAGGAUGCAAAUGGCCAACCACAAGCAUUGCCUGUGGAUGGAGACACCCGUGAAGUCACUGUGACCAACCUGGCUCCUUCCCACAGAUACAAGUUCAACCUCUAUGGAGUCUCUGGGAAAAAACGUUCUAGGCCGCUUGCCACAGAGGCCAUCACAGAAUCUGAGGAGCCAAUUCCUGUCCAACCCAGCCUAGGGGAGUUUUCAGUCCUGGAUGUCACAAGCAAUUCUGUCCGACUCUAUUGGACUGUCUCCACUGGGAGUUUUGAUUCUUUCCUGAUCCAGUACAAGGAUGGAGAUGGCCAACCUCAAGCUUUGCCAGUUGAGGGAAACUCCCGUGAAGUUACCGUGACCAGCUUGGCUCCUUCUCACAGAUACAAGUUCAACCUGUAUGGAGUCUCUGGGCGCAAACGCUCCAGCCCCCUCUCCACAGAUGCCACCACAGUUCCCUUGGUAGACUCAGAGGAACCAGUUCCUAUCAAACCCAGCCUGGGGGAGUUCUCAGUUGUUGAUGUCACAAGUAAUUCUGUCCGUCUCUAUUGGACUGUCUCCACUGGGAGCUUUGACUCCUUCCUGGUCCAGUACAAGGAUGCAGAUGGCCAACCACAAGCGUUGCCCAUAGAUGGAGGCUCUCAAGAAGUCACUGUGACCAGCUUGGCUCCUUCUCACAGAUACAAGUUCAACCUCUAUGGAGUCUCUGGGCGCAAGCGGUCUGGGCCCCUCUCCACUGAUGCUACCACAGCCCAUGUUACAGACACAGAGGACUCAAUUCCUGUCCAACCCAGCCUAGGGGAGUUUUCCAUCCUUGAUGUCACAAGUGAUUCUGUGCGUCUCCAUUGGACUGUCCCCACUGGGAGAUUUGACUCCUUCCUAGUCCAGUACAAGGAUGCAGAUGGCCAACCUCAAGCGUUACCUGUAGAGGGAGAUUCCCGUGAAGUCACUGUGACCAACCUGGUUCCUUCUCGCAGAUACAAGUUCAACCUCUAUGGAGUCUCCGGGCGCAAACGCUCUGGGCCCCUCUCAACCGAUGCCACCACAGCUCGCCUUACAGCCACACAGGAGCCAAUUCCUGUGCAACCCAGCCUAGGGGAGUUUUCCAUCCUUGAUGUCACGAGUGAUUCUGUCCAUCUCUAUUGGACUGUCCCCACCGGGAUCUUUGAUUCCUUCCUGAUCCAGUACAAAGAUGCAGAUGGCCAACCCCAAGUGUUACCUGUGGAGGGAGAUUCCCGUGAAGUCACUGUGACCAACCUGGUUCCUUCUCGCAGAUACAAGUUCAACCUCUAUGGAGUCUCCGGGCGCAAACGCUCCGGGCCCCUCUCCACUGAUGCCACCACAGGUCAUCUUACAGAUUCAGAGGAGACAAAUCCUGUCCAAUCCAGCCUAGGAGAGUUCGCAGCCCUUGACAUCACAAGCAAUUCUGUCCGACUCUAUUGGACUGUCUCCACUGGGAGGUUUGAUUCUUUCCUGAUCCAGUACAAGGAUGGAGAUGGCCAACCUCAAGCCCUGCCUGUGGAGGGAGACACCCGUGAAGUCACAGUGACCAAUCUGGCUCCUUCGCAGAGAUACAAGUUCAAUCUCUAUGGAAUCUCGGGGCGCAAACGCUCUAACCCCCUUUCCACUGAUGCCACCACAGACUUAAAAGAGGCAAUUCCUGUCCAACCAAGUCUAGGAGAAUUCACAUUCCUUGAUGUCACAAGCAAUUCUGUCCGACUCUAUUGGACUGUCCCCACUGGGAACUUUGAUUCCUUCCUGAUCCAGUACACGGAUGCAGAUGGCCAACCCCAAGCUUUGCCUGUGGAGGGAGACUUCAAUGAAGUCACUGUGACCAACCUGGCUCCUUCCCACAGAUACAAGUUCAACCUCUAUGGAAUCUCUGGCCACAAACGUUCUACUCCUCUCUCCACUGAUGCCAUCACAGCCCACCUUACAAACACAGCAAAGCCAAUUCCUGUGCAACCCAGCCUUGGAGAGUUCUCAGUCCUUGAUGUCACAAGUGAUUCUGUCCAUCUGCAUUGGACCGUCCCCACCGGGAACUUUGAUUCCUUCCUCAUCCAGUACAAGGAUGCAGAUGGUCAACCCCAAGCGUUGCCUGUGGAUGGAGACUCCCGUGAAGUCACCGUGUCCAACCUGGUUCCUUCACGCAGAUAUAAAUUCAACCUUUAUGGAAUCACAGGACGUAAACGCUCCAGCCCUUUCUCCACGGAUGCCACCACAGUUUCAAAGGAGGCUAUUAGUGUCCAACCCAGCCUAGGAGAAUUGUCAGUCCUGGACAUCACAACUGAUUCUGUGCGUCUCCAUUGGACCGUUCCCACUGGGAGCUUUGACUCCUUCCUGGUCCAGUACAAGGAUGCAGAUGGUCAACCUCAAGCAUUACCUGUGGAGGGAGACUCCCGUGAAGUCACAGUGACCAACCUGGCUCCUUCUCGCAGAUACAAGUUCAACCUCUAUGGAGUCUCCGGGCGCAAACGCUCCGGGCCCCUCUCUACUGAUGCCACCACAGCCCACCUUACAGAUUCAAAGGAGCCAAUUCCUGUGGAGCCCAGCCUAGGGGAGUUUUCCGUCCUUGAUGUCACAAGUGAUUCUGUUCGUCUCCAUUGGACCGUUCCCACUGGGAGCUUUGAUUCCUUCCUGGUCCAGUACAAGGAUGCAGAUGGCCAACCCCAAGCGUUACCUGUGGAAGGAGGCUCCAACGAAGUCACUGUGACCAACCUGGUUCCUUCUCGCAAAUACAAGUUCAACCUUUAUGGAGUCUCUGGGCGUAAACGCUCCAGGCCCCUCUCUACAGAGGCCACCACAGACUCAGAGGAACCAAUUCCUAUCCAACCCAGCCUGGGGGAGUUCUCAGUUCUUGAUGUCACAAGCGAUUCUGUCCGUCUCUAUUGGACUGUCCCCACUGGAAACUUUGACUCCUUCCUGGUCCAGUACAAGGAUGCAGAUGGCCAGCCCCAAGCCCUGCCUAUAGAUGGGGGCUCUCAAGAAGUCACUGUGACCAACCUGGCUCCUUCACACAAAUACAAGUUCAACCUUUAUGGAAUCUCUGGGCGUAAACGCUCCAGCCCUCUCUCCACUGAUGCCACCACAGGCUCAGAGGAUGCAAGUCCUCCCCAACCUAGUCUCGGGGAGUUCUCAGUCCUUGACGUCACAAGUGAUUCCAUCCAACUCCAUUGGACUGUCCCCACUGGGAGCUUUGACUCCUUCCUGAUCCAGUACAAGGAUGCAGAUGGCCAACCCCAAGCGUUACCUGCGGAGGGAGAUUCCCGUGAAGUCACUGUGACCAACCUGGUUCCUUCUCGUAAAUAUAAGUUCAACCUCUAUGGAGUCUCUGGACGCAAACGCUCGGCCCCCCUCUCCACCAAUGCCACCACAGCUCACCUUAUAGUUGUAGAGGAGCCAAUUCCUGUGCAACCCAGCCUAGGAGAGUUCUCAGUCUUUGAUGUCACAAGUGAUUCUGUCCAUCUCCAUUGGACUGUCUCCACUGGGAGCUUUGACUCCUUCCUGGUCCAAUACAAGGAUGCAGAUGGCCAACCUCAAGCAUUACCUGUGGAGGGAGAUUCCCGUGAAAUCACCGUGACCAACCUGGUUCCUUCUCGUAGAUACAAGUUCAACCUCUAUGGAGUCUCCGGGAGGAAACGCUCCAGGCCCCUCUCUACCGAUGCCACCACCGCUCGCCUUACCGAUUCAGAGGAGACAAAUCCUGUGCAGCCCAGCCUAGGAGAGUUUUCAGUGCUGGAUGUCACAAGCGAUUCUGUCCGACUCUAUUGGACUGUCUCCACUGGGAGCUUUGACUCCUUCCUGAUCCAGUACAAGGAUGGAGAUGGCCAACCUCAAGCUUUGCCAGUUGAGGGAAACUCCCGUGAAGUUACCGUGACCAGCUUGGCUCCUUCUCACAGAUACAAGUUCAACCUGUAUGGAGUUUCUGGGCGCAAACGCUCCAGCCCCCUCUCCACAGAUGCCACCACAGUUCCCUUGGUAGACUCAGAGGAACCAGUUCCUAUCCAGCCCAGCCUGGGGGAGUUCUCAGUUGUUGAUGUCACAAGUAAUUCUGUCCAUCUCUAUUGGACUGUCUCCACUGGGAGCUUUGACUCCUUCCUGGUCCAGUACAAGGAUGCAGAUGGCCAACCACAAGCGUUGCCCAUAGAUGGAGGCUCUCAAGAAGUCACUGUGACCAGCUUGGCUCCUUCUCACAGAUACAAGUUCAACCUCUAUGGAGUCUCUGGGCGCAAGCGCUCCGGGCCCCUCUCCACUGAUGCCACCACAGCUCACCUUACAGACACAGAGGAACCAAUUCCUGUCCAACCCAGCCUAGGAGAGUUUUCAGUCCUGGAUGUCACAAGCGAUUCUGUACGACUCUAUUGGACUGUCCCCACUGGGAGGUUUGACUCCUUCCUGAUCCAAUACAAGGAUGCAGAUGGCCAACCUCAAGCGUUACCUGUAGAGGGAGAUUCCCGUGAAGUCACUAUGACCAACCUGGUUCCUUCCCGCAGAUACAAGUUCAAUCUCUAUGGAGUUUCAGGGCGUAAACGCUCCAGGCCCCUCUCCACCGAUGCCACCACAGCCCGCGUUACAGACUCAGAGGAGCCAAUUCCUGUCCAACCCAGCCUAGGAGAAUUCUCAGUACUGAAUGUUACAAGUGAUUCUGUCCGACUCCAUUGGACCGUCCCCACUGGGAGCUUUGACUCCUUCCUGAUCCAGUAUAAGGAUGGAGAUGACCAACCCCAAAUGUUACCUGUGGAGAGAGGCUCCCGUGAAGUCACGGUAACCAACCUGGCUCCUUCUCGCAGAUACAAGUUUAACCUCUAUGGAGUCUCCGGACGCAAGCGGUCCAGCCCGCUCUCUACCGAUGCCACCACAGCUCAAACCACAGACUCAGAAGUGGCAAUUCCCAUCCAACCAACUUUGGGAGAAUUAUCUGUCCUGGACAUCACUAGCAAUUCAGUUCGUCUCUAUUGGACUGUCCCCACUGGGACCUUUGACUCCUUCCUAGUCCAGUAUAAGGAUGCAGAUGGCCAACCCCAAGUGUUGCCCGUAGAUGGAAGUUCCCGUGAAGUUACUGUAACCAACCUGGCUCCUUCCCACAAGUACAAGUUCCUCCUCUAUGGGGUCUCUGGACGCCAGAAGAUCAGAUUCCUCUCUGCUGAUGUCUUUACAGAACCACCUUCAGAUGCAGAGGAACCAAUUCCUGUCCAACCUACCCUGGGGGAGCUCUCCGUCCUUGACGUCACAAGCGAUUCUGUCCGUCUCCAUUGGACCGUCCCCACCGGGAGCUUUGAUUCCUUCCUAAUCCAGUACAGGGAUUCAGAUGGCCAACCCCAAGUGUUGACUGUGGAGGGAGGCUCCACUGAAGUCACAGUGACCAACCUGGUUCCUUCCCACAGAUACAAGUUCAACCUCUAUGGAAUUUCCGGGGACAAAUACACCAGCCCACUCUCCAUUGAUGCUACUACCACUGGCUCCAGGGAGGCAGUUCCCAUCCAACCCAGCCUAGGGGAGCUCUCGGUCGUAGACAUCACAACUGAUUCUGUGCGUCUCCAUUGGACCGUUCCCACUGGGAGCUUUGACUCCUUCCUGGUCCAGUACAAGGAUGCAGAUGGCCAACCUCAAGCGUUACCUGUGGAGGGAGACUCCCAUGAAGUCACAGUGACCAACCUGACUCCUUCUCGCAGAUACAAGUUCAACCUCUAUGGAGUCUCCGGGCGCAAACGCUCCGGGCCCCUCUCUACCGAUGCCACCACAGCUCGCCUUACAGCCACAGAGGAGCCGAUUCCUGUGCAGCCCAGCCUAGGGGAGUUUUCCGUCCUUGAUGUCACAAGUGAUUCUGUUCGUCUCCAUUGGACCGUUCCCACUGGGAGCUUUGAUUCCUUCCUGGUCCAAUACAAAGAUGCAGAUGGUCAACCCCAAGCGUUACCUGUGGAGGGAGGCUCCAACGAAGUCACGGUGACCAACCUGGUUCCUUCCCGCAGAUACAAGUUCAACCUCUAUGGAGUCUCUGGGCGCAAACGCUCUGGGCCCCUCUCUACCGAUGCCACCACAGCCCCGUUAGCCACGACACCACUGGUUCAGCCCAGCUUGGGAGAGCUUUCUGUUUCCAAUAUUACCCACAAUUCUGCACUUCUCUCGUGGACAGUCCACUCCGGGAGUUUUGACUCUUUUAUGAUCCAAUACAAGGACAUGGAUGGCAAGCCCCAAGCCGUCCCCGUGGAAGGGAACACUUAUCAAAUCGUCCUCCCCAAUCUGACUCCCGCCCGCAGAUAUAAAUUUAAUCUCUAUGGAGUCUCUGGUCGUAAGCGUUUUGGACCCAUUUCUGCCGAUGCCAUCACAGCAACACCGGAUCUACAGGACCCCGUGAUUCCUCCCAGCCUAGGAGAGCUCUCUGCUUCAGAGAUCACUAGCAAUUCUGUCCGUCUGUCCUGGACCGUCCUCACGGGGCGCUUUGACUCUUUUGCAAUUCAGUACAAGGACGCUGAGGGCCAGCCCCAGGCAAUUCCGGUGGAAGGAGAUUUGCGUGAGAUCACCAUCCCCGACCUGGUUCCAUCUCGCAAAUACAAGUUCAACCUUUAUGGGCUUUCUGGUCGUAAGCGCCUGGGCCCCGUUUCUGUUGAUACCAUCACAGCAUCCACCACAAAGAAAGAAGCUACACCAAAGCCCUCUUUAGGAGAACUCUCUAUCUCUGAGGCCACCAGCAACUCUGUUCUUCUCUCUUGGACCAUCUCCACGGGGAGAUUUGACUCCUUCCUGCUCCAAUAUAAAGAUGAGGAGGGCAGAACCCAAACACUGACUGUGGAAGGAGAUUCGCAUGAAGUCACCGUUUUGAAUCUGGCUCCAUCCCACAAGUACAAGUUCAACCUUUAUGGAAUUUUUAGUCAAAAACGUAUUGGUCCUAUUUCUUCUGAAGCCACCACAGCUGAACAAGAGAAGGAAGAAGAAAAAGAAAAAAAAGAUGAAGAUGGGGAGAAUCAGCCUAGUUUGGGGGACCUCUCCAUCUCCGAAACCACCAGUGAUUCUCUUCUCCUUUCCUGGAGUGUCCCAACUGGGAGCUUUGAUUCCUUCCUGAUUCAAUAUGAAGAUGGAGGUCUGCAGAGCUUGCCUGUGGAUGGGGCUUCCCGUAGAACGAUGGUCUCCAACCUGACUCCAUCUCACAGUUACCAGUUCGACCUCUACGGCAUCUCUGGUGGCGAACGCCUGGGCCCCAUUUCUGCCAAGGCCUUAACAGCUCCGCGAUCUCCAAGUCAGGGCACAGAGGAGAGUGGAUCUCCAGGCCCAUCUCCAAAUCCCAGUUUUGGGGAGCUCUCUGUGUCUGACGUCACCAGCAACUCUGCCCGCCUCUCUUGGAACGUCCCUGCUGAGACCUUUGACUCCUUCCAGAUCCAGUACAAAGAUGCGGAAAACAAACCACAAAUAGUUCCUGUGGACAAGGAAACCAACACCAUUGUGAUCUAUUAUCUAGUACCUUCCCAUAGGUACAAGUUUAAUCUGUAUAGCAUCUCCGGACGCAGACGCUUUGGACCAAUCACUGCCAGUAUCGUCACAGCACCAGCAGACAAUGAGAAGCCAUCAGGUAUGCCUGGAGAGGUGGACCAGGAGGUCCCGGCUGGAAUAAGCCCCCGCUUGGGCGUGCUCUCAGUCCCAGAGGUCACCAGUCAUUCAGCCCAGUUAUCAUGGACUGUCCCAGAGGGAAGCUUUGAUUCUUUCUCAGUCCAAUACAAAGAUGCUGAAGGAAGACCCCAAGCGCUUCCUUUAAGAGGAGAUUUCCGUGAUGUCAUGGUUUCCAACCUAUCCCCUUCUCACAAGUACAAGUUCAAUCUUUAUGGUAUCUUUGGGAAACAGCGUCUUGGACCAAUCUCUGCCCAAGUGGUCACAACAGCUGCUGAAACAUCUGGGAAGAAUGAAGAAAAGAAACAACCAGAGGAAAGUACAGGCAAGAGCAACCAGCCCAGGCUUGGAGAUGUCACUGUCUCUGAGGUCACCCCUGAUUCCCUUCUCCUCUCCUGGACCGUCCAGGAAGGAAGCUUUGACUCCUUCAUUAUCCAGUACAAGGAUGCUUCAGGCAAUCCCCAGACGGUACCCGUUGAUGGAGCCAUGCGCUCCCUCCAUCUCUACAACCUCACACAUUCACAGACGUAUGAAUUUGACAUAUUUGGAGUUUCCGGCUUCAGGCAUCUUGGACCUCACUCAGUUCACACCGUGACAGAGAUAUCUGAAGGAGGAAGGAUCGUUCAGCCCCAGCUAGGAGAUCUCUCCGUCUCUCGGGUCACUAACGACUCCGUGGCUCUGUUCUGGACUGUGGCUGCUGGGAAUUUUGAUUCUUACUUGCUCCAGUACAAGGACUCUGAGGGCAAGCCCCAAGUCCUGCCCCUAAAUGGCACUUCACGGGACGUCACUGUCACCAACCUGGCUCCUUCUCACAGAUACAAGUUUAACCUGUACGGCCUGAGUGGGCGCAAACGCCUCGGUCCCGUUUCUACCAAUGCCGUCACAGGCCAAGGCACCCAACCGCUUAAGCUGGGAACCUUGUCAGCUCAUAACAUCACGUCAGAAUCCCUUCUUCUGUCCUGGGUUGUGGAAUCUGGGAAUUUCGACUCUUUCAUUAUCCAGUACCGGGACGCCGCAGGCAAAUCCCAUGCAUUGCCUGUAGAUGGAGGUUUGCGAUUGCUGCGCUUCCAUGACUUGGUCCCUUCGCACCGAUACAAGUUCAACCUUUAUGGGGUCUCUCGUCGCAAGCGUCUCGGCCCCAUAUCUGUGGAGGCUGUUACAGUCCCCAAACCUUCAGGACUGCAAGUUGCUCCUCAACCCAAGCUGGGGAAACUGUCCACUUCCGACAUCUCUGACACAACUCUCCGUCUGACCUGGCGGGUCUUGACUGGAAAAUUUGAAUCGUUCAGCAUUGAGUACAGAGAUGCAGAGGGCAACCCCCAGGUGUUGCCUAUAGACACCAACGCCCGGGAUGUGGUGAUUUCCAACUUGGUGCCUUCCCACAGAUAUAAGUUCAACCUCUACGGCAUCUCUCAACAGAAACGAUUCGGUCCCAUCUCUACUGAAGCCGUCACAGCUCAAGGCAAGCACUCGGAGGCAAAACCCAAACUGGGGGAUCUCUCCAUCUCCGAUGUCACCAAUGACUCUGUCCGCCUUUCGUGGACUAUCUCGUCUGGGAAAUUCGACUCUUUUCUCAUCCAAUACAAAGACGCCCAAGGGAACCCUCAAACCGUGCCUGUUGGUGUGGACUCCCAGACAGUUUUCAUCUCUAACUUAAUACCUUCCCACAAAUACAAGUUCAGCCUCUAUGGUCUCUCUGGGAAGAAACAGUAUGGAUCAGUCUCUAUUGAUGCUGUCACUGCAGCUUUCUCAGAAAGCACCAGCACUCCAGCUCCCUUGCUCGAUCAUCUUGUGGUCUCUGAAGUGACUUCCACGACUCUGAAGCUCAGCUGGGAUGUCCCGGAGGGGGAAUUUGAUUCCUUCCUUGUGAGAUGGAAGGACAGUUUGGGCAGCGGUCAAACGGCUGUCCCAGCCAAAGAAGUUAAAGUGCCUGGGGACGGGCGCUCCGUCACCCUCCAGGGACUCGCACCCAGUACCGAAUACAGCCUUACGGUCUAUGGCAUCAAGGAUGAGUCAGAAGUGGCCGAGAUCAACACUGGAGCAAGGACAAGCGGGCUAGAGCUGGAUGGUCCCCAGGACUUGCGGUUCAGUGACAUUCAUGAAACCUCUGUGGUAGCCAACUGGAGGCCUCCAUCCUCUCGCAUUGAUGGCUACAAAGUUUCUUUCCAGCCUUCAGAUGGCGGGGAGCCCAAAAGCAUUCCAGUGGAUGGAUCUGAACUCAGGACAAUCAUUGAGGGUCUGACACCUGGGGCCAGCUAUGAGGUCGCUGUAAUGUCUAUCCGUGGGUUUGAAGAGAGCGAGCCGUUGGUGGGCUACAUCACCACAGUGCCAGACGGUCCUUCCAAUUUGCGGGCUGUCAAUGUAACCGAUACCUCUGCCGUGCUGACAUGGCGCCCUGCUGUGGCUGAGAUGAACAACUACAUCGUCACGUACGGACCUAUCACCAGCACCGGCUCACAGGUCUCCGAAUCGGUUCCAGGAAAUCGUGUCCAGCUUCAGCUGUCAGAGUUGCAAAGGGACAUGGAAUAUUGGGCCAAUGUCUAUGGGGAAAAAGAAGGAAACCGAAGUUCUCCCAUCAGCGCUACUUUCACAACUGGAGCAGAUGGGCCCCGGGACCUGCAUGCUACGGAAAUUUCCCCCCGCAGUGCGCGUCUCACCUGGUCACCCCCUGGUGCCCCAUCUGAGGGAUAUCUGUUGAGUUAUGAAACCCCCGAUGGACAAUCAAAGGAGAUCCCUCUGGAUGCUUCCGUCACCUCGUAUGAACUUCAAGAUCUGAUUCCUUCAAGCCGGUACCAGGUCCAAGUCCAUGCAGUGAGGAGAGGAACACCAACAGCUCCCAUCUCCACAUCCUUCACCACUGGGCACCUGACAUACCCCUUCCCUCGGGACUGCUCGGAAGAAAUCCAGAAUGGGCCAGGAGCUUCACGAGUAACAACAAUUUAUCUAGGGGGCAACCGAGAACGUCCUUUGAGGGUGUUCUGUGAUAUGGAAACUGAUGGGGGAGGCUGGAUUGUCUUUCAACGUCGGAUGAAUGGUGAGACGGAUUUCUGGCGGGACUGGCAAAAUUAUGCUCUUGGCUUUGGCAACCUCACCCGGGAAUUUUGGCUAGGAAACAAUGCUCUGCACCAGCUGACCUCUUCAGGGGACUACGAGCUACGCGUGGAUCUCCGUGCUGGGGAUGAGUCCGUCUAUGCUACCUAUCAGAACUUCCGUGUGGACCCUCCAGCUGACCAUUAUCGCCUGCAUCUGGGCAGUUACCAUGGCACAGCUGGCGAUGCCUUAAGCUACCACUCAGGGAGUGUUUUCUCCACUCGGGACCGGGAUCCGAAUCGGGUCAUCAUCCCCUGUGCCAUCUCCUACCGUGGAGCAUGGUGGUAUCGCAACUGCCACUACACCAACCUCAAUGGACUCUACGCUAACAACCGUGAUCACCAGGGUGUCAACUGGUUUAACUGGAAAGGAUUCGAGUUUUCCAUUCCUUUCACUGAGAUGAAACUGCGGCCCAGCAGCUUCCACCCGUUGCAGAGGUCCUGAGCGGGACACGGGAUGGACUAAGGGAGACAGCAGUGGAGGCAAAGCCACAACAACAGCAGAAAAUCCCAGCAACGACCCCUUUUGCAACAGGAUACCUCACAUCCAGCCUUUGUUCUGUUUUUCUGGCCCAUCCUGAGAAAAAAGAGGAAUGCAUCGAAGCCAAAGCGGGGGAAAAAAACCUUUGGAGACUUUGCUUUGAAGACCCACUUCAGUCAAAAGGAAGAGAGAGCUCAGAAGUAGAGUUUGAGAGGAUAAAAGGAAUUAAUCUGAACAUAGUUAGUCCUCAAUUUACAACUACAAUUGGGAGCAGGAUUUUUAUUACUAAGCAAGGUGAUUGUUGAGUCCCGGCCAAUUUUUAUCACAGUUGUUAAGUGAGUCAGGGUAGCUACAAAGCCAAUUGUGUGGUCAUUCAGCAAAUCUGACUUACUUCAUGGACUUUGUCAGAAAGUCGCAAAUCGGGAUCUCGUGGCCCUGCAGCCGUCACAAACACAAGUUGGUUGGUCACGCUCCCAAAUUUUGAUCCCAUGACUGUGGCAUGAGGACUGGCUGUCAAUCAUUUUUUUCACUGCUGUUGUCAUUUUGAAUGGUCACUAAACAAAUGGUUGUAAGUUGAGGACUACCUGUGAUUUUUAUUUUUAUUUUGUAAAGGAGAACUUUCAAGAGAGCCAAGAAAUCAGAUCGGCCGGCAAAACUUCAGCCACCAAAGCCUGGUUCCCUUCUCUUCUCUUCGUUCUGGUUCUGGGAAUCAAUGACUUUGCAGCAGUGAAGUCCUAAUUCUGACCCCAAAUUUCUCCUUCUUGACCCCUUUUGCUUCUCAUCAGCUCACCUGCUAACGACUUUUCCCUUCCCUCUCCAGGCUCAUUCCCAAUCCAGCUUCCAUUUUAUUCCUCCUGCGAAUGCCCUCCAAAACGGAGUUAAAGUCAUAAGUAUUUUGGUGAAUGCAGCUUGACAUAAAAGCACUUUUAAUGUUG